UUUUUUUUUUGAUGGCUUGUCCUGGAAACACAUCAAGCUCAGCUCCUGUGUCCAGCUCUCUUCUCUGCUGGACUCCUUGAUUUUUUUUUAAAUCAGUGUUUGAUUUUGAGCAGUAACCAGGCUUUUUUUUCCAGAUGUUAGUCCACACCUAUUCAUCCAUGGUGAGUUUGGAUUCACGUGUUACCAGAAUUGCAUGCUCCCUCCUCUCACUGUCUCUCUGUCUCUGCGUCUCUGUGUGUGUGUGUCUCACACUCUCUGUCUCUCUCUGUCUUCCUUUGAGCGCCUUUGGCUUGGUAAUUUAGCACCAUAAUUGGACGAGGCUGCAGCUGCUUCUCUCUGCAUUGUGUGUUCUCCGUCUGAGCUCCAUGAGUCAGCUGGGAGGGGAGAGGUCAAAAAGAGAAACUUUUUAUUUGCCAUCGCAGUUUGGAAAUUUAGGUGACUAUUUCUGCAAAAAGAACCAUGGGGAGUUCCACAGAAGAGAGGGAGAAACAAAGUCCACCCCCCCAUAUACACACCUCCCCCUUCUUCUUUCACUUAGUUCACACUCCAGAUAGGACCAAGAAUAAGUUGUCUGGGCUUUUAUUUCCUCCCACCCCAACUUUAGGUUCUUCAUUUUCACACCCUGAGUAUAACAGCAUUAGAUAUAGAAAAACAGUCUUAGAAAUAACUCCUGUGAACCACAACUCAACUUAAUUCAACAUGGGCUUAGGAUAUGAUUUCGAAUGAGAUCCAUUUCAAUGAAAUACUAUUUAAGUUCUUUAAUUUCUCCUGGGGAGGGAGGAGUGACUGGGAACUCAGACCAGGCUGAUUCCUUGGAGCUCGUGGAAUGAUCGGGUUGUGUGGAAAGCUCCUCUUGAUCAGCCAGCUGCAUUUCCAGCGAAGGCAGAAGUUGGUUUUUAAUCAGGGGGAGUAGCACAGCAAAUUCUAUGAAGUUUUAUUUGUUGUGAUUUGGACCUCUGGAAGAGUUAGAAAAAAGUAGUUAAAAACACCCAGAGGAGCAAGCACCUUAUGUAAGACUCCUACAAUUUUAGUUAAGGCAUUUAGAAUCUCCCUCCAUACAAACUGUUCCUGUACCCCUGCCUUUUGCCUGCUUUGCACUCCCCAAAAGGCGGCUAAAAUGUUAAAGUGGGUGAUUCCUUUCCCGUUUUCUCCCCAAGCCUCGGGUUUGAAAUUGCUGAAAUCAUGUGGCCCUCUGAGUCAACUUGGGGGGGUCUAAGUUUCAGAUCCUUGCUUCCCUUGUCCCGGGAAGAGCGUACAAAAGCCGGGCUCUUCCAUUUGUCACUUGUAUUUUUUUUUCUUCCUCUCUGUCACUCUGUCUCUCUCUGCCUCUGUCUCUUUCUCUUUCUCUGUCUCCUUCUCUCGCUCUCUGUCCCUUCCUCUCUCCGCUCCCAGGACCGGCACGAUGGUGUCCCGAGCCACAGCUCGCGGCUCUCCCAGCUGGGCUCGGUGUCCCAAGGACCCUACUCGAGCGCCCCGCCGCUGUCCCACACCCCGUCGUCGGACUUCCAGCCGCCCUACUUUCCACCCCCCUACCAGCCGCUCCCCUACCACCAGAGCCAGGACCCCUACUCCCACGUCAACGACCCCUACUCCCUGAACCCACUGCACCAGCCCCAGCAGCAUCCUUGGGGGCAACGACAGCGGCAAGAAGUGGGUUCGGAAGCUGGAUCUCUCCUGCCCCAGCCUCGGGCCGCCUUGCCCCAGCUCUCGGGCCUUGACCCCCGGAGGGACUACCACUCGGUCCGCCGGCCGGACGUGCUGCUGCAUUCGGCGCACCACGGCCUGGACGCGGGCAUGGGUGACAACCUCUCGCUGCACGGCCUCGGCCAUCCCGGCAUGGAAGACGUCCAGUCAGUUGAAGAUGCCAAUAACAGCGGCAUGAAUCUAUUGGACCAGUCUGUCAUUAAAAAAGUUCCGGUUCCUCCCAAAUCGGUGACUUCUCUAAUGAUGAAUAAAGAUGGCUUCCUGGGAGGCAUGUCUGUCAACACCGGCGAGGUGUUUUGCUCCGUUCCAGGCCGUUUGUCUCUGCUCAGUUCAACUUCGAAGUACAAAGUAACUGUGGGAGAAGUUCAGAGACGGCUGUCGCCCCCCGAAUGCCUCAAUGCAUCUCUCCUCGGCGGAGUCCUCAGAAGAGCCAAAUCGAAAAAUGGGGGGAGAUCUUUGCGAGAAAGGCUAGAAAAAAUCGGUUUGAAUUUACCCGCGGGCAGGCGCAAAGCAGCAAAUGUCACGUUACUCACCUCCCUGGUGGAAGGAGAAGCUGUUCACUUAGCUCGGGAUUUUGGGUACAUUUGCGAAACAGAGUUUCCCGCCAAAGCCGUCUCUGAGUAUUUGAACCGGCAGCACACAGACCCGAGUGACCUGCACUCCCGAAAGAAUAUGCUGUUGGCCACCAAGCAACUUUGUAAAGAAUUUACGGAUCUGCUGGCGCAGGACCGGACACCGAUCGGGAACAGCCGACCCAGCCCCAUCCUGGAGCCGGGGAUCCAGAGCUGCCUCACGCACUUCAGCCUCAUCACGCACGGCUUCGGCGCCCCGGCCAUUUGCGCCGCGCUCACGGCCCUGCAGAACUAUCUCACCGAGGCGCUCAAAGGCAUGGACAAGAUGUUCUUGAACAACACCACCAGUAACAGGCACACGUCUGGGGAAGGCCCAGGUAGUAAAACUGGCGACAAGGAGGAGAAACACAGGAAAUGAAAAAUUUUUAAAAAAAGAAGGAAAAAUGUUUUAAAUACAAAAGGAAAAACAGACAAAAAUUUAAUUUUAGCUUUAAAAUGUUGGAUUGGCUUUGGAAGAAUUAUAUUAGGUAGAAUACACAUACAAUCAAAAUUUUAAAAAAAAGCUAAAUAACUUAAAAAAAAAAAAACUGAGGCGUACAACGGAGCAACAAUAUCGGUUCUCAGUGUCUAUUUCAAGAUACACUUGGAGACAACCGUCCGGAUUUUCCACUUCGGUUCUUUCGAGCUUAGUAAUACUGAUAAUAAAAGAAAACUAUGAUUUCCCCUUCCCUUUGGAAAAUAAACAUAAGACUAAACAUGAGAAAACGCUAACUUAUUGGAAGAAAAUCGGAGAAACGUUGGUGUCAAUGCUUUGAGAGCUGGUUGACUGAGACGCACGAACUUUUUAAUUUUAAAUAUAUUUUUAGGAAACUCUCGCAGUGCCCGCCCUCCAUCUCACUUCACCCCUCUUCCAGCCACCCUUAUCCUCCCUUCCUCACGUUGUUACGGGAAUCUUCUGGGAUGAAAAUGAGUGUGGUUGGCCCUUUUGCGUUGUUUCAGUCCUCUCGGUACAAAACCCCCUCCCCCGCCCUGCGAUCUUAACUCACCGGGUCCCGCUCCCCUGCCGCUUGCAUAAUUAGGGAGGGCGAGGGCGGGGCGGGAGGCCUGCGGAGACCAGGCGGAGGCUGCAGUUUUUGGUGCAGGCCGGCCUAGCAGGUUCUGGCGGCUGAGGAAAAUCCGGACCAAUAAGUUGAUUCAGACUCAUCAUCAGUUCCUUUCAGAAAUGUUACUAGCUCCCAGCUUUGACAGCAUCUGCAUAGAGAGAAUCUCACAUUUGUUAUAUUUGUGUCAUCUACUAAUUUUAUGAACUAUAGUAAAACACACACACACACACAAUAUGAAUACGUUGAUUAGUAUGUAAUUCCUUCGGAGGGGUAUGUACCAUUUCAUUCUCUUCUGUUUUCCAAAGCUUUGCCCGCAUGGUUUAUGAGCUUCUUCAAAGAGGACUUGGGCUUCCUACACAAUCUAUAAGGUACAGAGAAAAAAAAAAAAAAUCCGAUCCCUUUUUAAUCAAAGCCUGUGUGUCAGAAUUCUGCAGGUGCACUUCUUUAAAGAAGCUCAAAGGGAAUAAUUUAGAAAGUGGCCAAUAUGAUGGAAGCAGCUUUGAAUCUACACGCUAACAUUCCUCAACACUCCAGUUCCGGUGGGGGUGGCGGGGGAGGGCGUCUGCAAAAUGAAUUUUAAGGGAAAAGAGUAAGGAUUCUUAGAGCCCUAUAUUCUAAUAGUAUUGCCCUGCAUUUAAAAUUGAUUUGAUUUCCCUGGGUUCUUUGGUGAUUGCUGUUUAAGCGAGGAAAGCAGCAGCUUUGCGAGUGGACGUGGGGAGGAGGGCGGCACAAGCGCCCACAUUUCUGUAACAAUUGCUUUCUUAUAAGAUGCUUUAUGAAUGAGGCAUUUUUCCCUCCCAGACGUGCACUUGUUUCGGCAUAUAAUGGCAAAAUAAUGCAAAGUGAAGGGAGAUGUAUUUCAGCUUUGAUUUUUACCGUCUGGAUAUACUGGGACUAUUCCCAGUGGAUAAAGUUUCAUGCAUUUAAUAUUUCUCACUUCUGGCAGCCCAGCUCCUUUCUUGGGCUCCAUCUUAGCAUUAUCAUGAAAUAAGAUCUGGAAUCCAUUGUCUGCACCUCCCCAAAAGCAGUGAGAAAUUAUCCCGGAAUAGGGGUGAAUGAGAGACGUCUCUAAAUACAGUGUAGAUACACUCACCUAUUUAACAAAGUAGACAGGAUCUUUGCAAUACUCCUUGAAGAUAACCAUAUAGAUGUUGUUCUGCAGGAUUUAUAGUUAGCACCCACUCAAUUCUCCAGGACUCUCGGUUUUGGUCCCCUCCCGGUUUGCCUUGGUGGGGGUGGGGAUUGGGUGGGUGGGGAUUGGGUUGGGGUUUUAGGAACCUGCUGAGAGCUUUGCCCAUUUUUAUUAAAAGAGGAAGGGGAAGUUAGGAAACUGGUCUCAGGUCACCAAAAGGGCCCAAGCAACUGUUUGGGCCACGCUGCAUCCCCUCUCCAACCCCUAGCUUUGCUUGGCACCUCUGAUCUUCAGGGCCCAGCCCUAGAACUGUUGAGAGGAAUACAAUGGCCAAGAAUCAGACGUUAUGGAGAGUGUAGUCACUCUCUUUUCCCAGUCCACAGGCCUGUGCCUUCGUCCUAGAGCCUGGCCGAUCGCAUUAGAUGUGUUCUGAUUGCACAAGGCCAGGAGAGACCACACUGAAAACGAUCGUCUCCUUUCCUUGCAGGGCAACGCGCCCCACGCGUGUGACGUGCGAGAGACGCGAUGGACGCGCCUUGCUCUUACUGUGCAGGUCCUGAGAGCCUGUGGGCCACAGGCGCCCAGUCGUGUUGAGGACAUAGAAUCAGCCGCUGGAGGGGCUGCCGACUGCGCGGGCCCUUCCGGCUCUCGGUCUCACCCUAAGGGCUAAGGCGACCGAGAAAGCCCCAUUCACCAGUAGGUAAAGGGGCGGCGCCCGGUGGGCUGCAGGUGGGGAGGGCUCCCUGCGCUGCCAGCGGCCUCCCCGGGCGCCUGCUCCUGGAGGGAGAGUGGCCUAGAAAUAUCCAAGGAAUCCGAAGCUUCCCCUCCUCCACCUCAGCCAGUACGGAAACACCCCACCGUCACAAUCCUAAAGCGGGGAGAUGGGAUGGGAAUUGUUUUACUUGGCAAGGCAGGCUACCUUCAUUGCCAGGCGCCCUCAUUUGUGUGUUCCUCCUUGCUCCAGCGAGAUAGAACCUUUUGCGCCCCCGACCCCGUUUUGUGGAGUGAGCCCACUACCCCUUCUCCCUCCCUCACUUCUCCUUUCAUGUAGGACCCCCGUCCCCUCGCUUUCCUUAGCUAGGCCCGCUACAUUUAUCUGAUAAUUGAGUUAUUAAAAUAUUUGGUUUCCUUGGGCCUAUAAAUCAAUAAACAGUAGGAUUAACGCAAGAGUUUGCCUUUUAAGUCAAGGGAAACGUUUAAGGCAAGCCUCUUUGAACUUUGUUUUCAAACCAAACAGGUGAGUUGCAGCUCUCCCUCUGACCCCUUCACUCUUCAGACAUUUGGUCCCUGCCGAGUGCCCACUCCUAAACGCUCGGUCCCAAAACAAAAUAGCGAAAGACAGGAGGAGUCAGGAUGUGGCAGUGCUACCUUCACACUUUCCACUUCGCAAGUUCUUUUGAAGGUUCCAAAUAUCUCCAGAACAUUCUCUGCCCAAUCCUGCCGCCUCCUGCACGUAUUGUGGGUCUCUAGGGAGCAAGAAAUGUCCUGUUUGGGUGAGGAUUCCAUCAUCUAAAAAGAUCUUUAACUUCUCCCCGAGAGUGAGAAGGUAACUUUCUCCCCCCUUUCUCCACCACCUUCACUCCUACACCCCCAAUUACCUUGCAUUUUCUUUCCUUCUUUCUGGCCUCCACACCCAUAGCUUCCUCCACCCCCACUUAAAGAACCGAAGAGGCUUUCAAAGACCUGGCUGCUUUGUUUUCUUUGGCCAAGGAAGCCACUUUCUCUCAAGCAAUUAUUUCAUAUCCUAUGAAAUCUUUGGUCGAAUGGAAAACUCGAAACCCCGACCUUAUCUACACACUGUUCCUCUGCUACAAUGCAUUACUAGUUAAGAGUGUUUAUAAAGAAUUUGUCAUCACAUCUGAUAUCCUGUACUUGUAAUACAUUAUGUGGAAAGGAAAUAACCUUAAACCAUCUGAUGUUGCCUCAAGAGCCCAAACAGCGUUUCCCCACCUUUGACAAUGUAUGUGAAAUUACUGGCUUAAAAAAAAAAAGUAUCGAUUUUUUUUUUAACGGAAUGAACACUAUCCUUCUUUAAAUGCCAAAAUCGACUCCUCUUUUGAGUUGGUCUCUAAUUCUCUAACAUUGUUUUUGCCACACAAUCAAGAAAUAUCAAUCUAUUGACUCUUCACGAGAAGAGCUCUAGAGGGUAUUCAUGUUAAGUUUGUAUAUAUUUAUUUAUGCUUAAUUUAAUGGGAAUGUGUAAAUAUGGCGAGCAAGUAGUUUGGGAUUAUUUAUCUGUGAAUCUAUACCUCUGUGAAUGGAUGGUUAAAAACCGCUUGACCCUAGAUAGAAUCCUAUCUGAAUUUUUCUGUUCUUUAUAAACAAGCUGUUAUGGUAAUGGGUAGAAAUUGGUUUAUUGUCCAGUGUUAAUCUGAUUUACAUAAAUAAAAAGAUUGUUGUGUU